UUUGAUUUUUGUUUCUGCUGCCUCUCAGUCGGGCAGUUCGUCACCAAGUCACCAACCCAAAAUUUUAUAUCAAAAAUGGCUGGAGGAAUCACCGACAUCAAGAAGCUCGAGUACGAGAUCUACAAAUAUUCCAGCUAUUCCUCCUCCUAUCUGCCCGAGAAUAUUCGUGAAGAUAAUCCCACCAAUCAGACGUCGCGAUGGUCAUCCAAUACCAACAGUCCGCCGCAGUUUCUGGUGCUGAAGCUGGAGCGACCGGCCAUCGUGACCAAGAUCAAGUUUGGCAAAUACGAAAAAACGCACGUCUGCAAUUUGCGCAAGUUCAAAAUUCUCGGCGGCUUGGAAGAGGAUCGGAUGCUACAGCUAUUCGAAGGUGGUCUCAAGAACGACUCGAUCCCGGAAACGUUCAAUUUAAAGCACCGUACCGAUUCGGGAGAACUGCUACCAAUUAAAUUCAUUCAAAUUGUGCCCCUACUUUCGUGGGGCCCCAGUUUUAACUUUUGCAUCUGGUACGUCGAGCUGCUUGGAAUCGAGGAUUCAAUCUUUAUCAUGUCGAACCUGCGCAAGUACAACAUGCUGCGAGAGGUGGAAAUUGUGCGAUUGUUCAUGAAGCACUGCCGACAGCAGGGCUACGUUAAAGCAUUCAGUGCCCUGCUGGAGGAGACAGGCGUCCGUCUGGAGGAUGAAAAAAUGACUCAGCUGCACGAAAUUCUUGUCAAUGAAGGAAAUUUCAAGAAGACUGAAGGAAUUCUGGUCGAAUUUAUCAACGAUGGCCUAAUGGACGACUACCUCUCAAGGCAGGAAUAUAAACCGCAUUGGAGCAUGCAACUGACGCCAGAGCAUGAACCACGACCUGGGCGAAGAGGUGGCCAUCAACUCAUCAUCGACCCUCUAACCAGCACCAUAUAUUUGUACGGAGGUUGGGAUGGCAGUGAGGAUUUGAGUGACCUAUGGUGCUACGACGUUAAGUACAAUCGUUGGACGUUAGUUCACGAGAGGUCUGAAUUGUUGGAAGGGCCAACACCGCGCGCAUGCCACAAAAUGGUCUACGACACGAAGAACUCGCAAAUUUUUAUGAUCGGACGUUAUCUGGACAGUGCUUCCCGCACGGAAGACAAUAUCAACAGCGAUUUCUUCUUGUACAAUACCAUCAGCAAAACGUGGUGCUUGAUCAGCAACGAUACCGCUCAAGUCGGUGGCCCGCAGCUGGUAUACGACCAUCAAAUGUGCAUCGACGUGGAUAAGCAGACGAUAUACGUUUUUGGAGGUCGCAUCCUGGAACCAAAUUACAGAUAUUCUUUCUCCUUUAGAAAUGAGGAAGAAACAACAGGUGACUACAAGUAUUCGGGGCUGUUCUCGUAUCACAUCAGCACCAACACGUGGAAUCAUAUUCUGGUGGACUGCGGACACCCAACAGCAGCCAGUCCGUACGUGCAGAGUAUCAAGUCACGGGUGACACAUUCUAUGCUUUUCCAUCAUAAACAUCGAAAAUUGUACAUUUUCGGUGGUCAACGCGGUAAGGACUACAUAGCCGAUUUCCUGAUCUAUGAUGUCGACAGCAGCGAGCUCACGAACAUGACACCGGAAAACGUCGGAACAGAUGCGAAGAACGUACCCCAGUCGGGCUUUACCCAGCGGGCGACGAUCGACUGCGAUAAGGACGAAAUUUACGUACUGACCAGUCUGAGCAAAGAAAAGGAACGUCGCGAUCUGAACAUCAAUUCGUUCUGGCUGUUCUCGCUGGCCAAAAAGGAAUGGUGUUGCGUAUACAAAAGCGAUCAUUCGAUUGGUCAGAACUGUUACCUGAAAAAUCAGGUCGCUUGCCCAGAACCUUGCCCCAGGUAUGCUCACCAGAUAGUGUAUGAUGCGACCAACCAGGUUCACUUCCUUUUCGGAGGUAACCCUGGUAUGAACUCGCACCUCCGGUUGGAUGACUUCUGGAUGCUGCGACUGGAGAAGCCCACCAGGGAAAACAUACUGCGCUACUGUAAAUACCUACUUAGAAAACAAGAGUACGAAGAAACCGCCAAGACGAAUCCACUCUCUGCGAUCUGCUAUCUGCAAACGAAGCUGUACGAUAUUAUCGAUCACAACGAUCCAACACAGUUGAAGGAAUUCCACAAGCUAGCUUCGCUCCUGUUCAAAUCCGACAGCACCGAUUGCGAAACGGAACCGACUAGUCUGCUUGCAUGUCCCUUGGGCGGUAGCUUGAAACCAAACAGCCAGAAGCAUCCCAACGAGCACGAACCUAACGAAGAAAAUGCCAAAAUAAUGCGGGUUGAAUCACCCAAGAGCGUGGACGAAGCUGACGCCUCCAGUAUCAGUUCGCUAAGCAGUGAAUGCUCCAGUUCGCAAAUCGCACGGGCGAUUCCCUCGACUUCAUCAUCCAGCAUUUCAUCUCGUGUGCGCAACAAGGCUAAUGAUCAAUUGUUCGAGCUCAAAAUACGACGCUGUCUGCUAUACAACAAACUUGUCGAUUUGCUUCCGGAACAACUCUGUCAGCCAAAGAAGAACAUCAGCGACUUUGUAAUUCUCUAAACACUUGACAUUGCCCAGAGUAUAUCAUUUCCCUUGUUUUGCAAUAUUUCUUUUUUAUUGUGUAGUACUUUGUAAAGUUUUUCAAAUUCUCAGACUGCUACUAACAUCGGUACGGAUUUAGGCCAAUAAAAGGAAACGGAUAUGUGAUAUCUUAACCCCCGCAUCCCUACCCCCAACUACACUGUUAGCGCCGGAAACAGGUCGAAUGCUAUCUCGAAAUCAGUCAAUUCUCGCUUUAGGCUUAGUUCAGUCAUUCAAGAUAGGUUUCCACAACACCGUUCGAUAACCGUUAGGAAGGACAAUCAAUUGUAAAGACCGACGAAAGAGUCAACUAAUUUGGACGACGGCGUUACAUAGCUAUUGUUGUAAUGACUUCAUUUGUCUAGUAUUCUGCAACCGACACUAAACCAGAACGACGUAAAGGAAGUUACAUUUCGUUUAUUAUUAAUUUUAAAUAUCGCUUUUUAAGGCAACAAUAGUCAUUCUGCUUAGGCUUCCCUCGGUUGUGUAAUUGUCAUUUUUUUUCCAAUGAUUUUGUUACUCAAAAAGUGCUGUUCUUAGGUUAUUAAAUAAAUCUUAAAAUCUAUGAAAAUCAAA